AUCUGACCUUGAAAGUAAUGUUCGUGAUUUGAAGGAAAAAUGUGACACAGAACUGAAAAGUAUUGAGGAGUUACGGGCACAGAUCAACAACAGGGAGCAGUCUGUGUAGAACCAAGAGAAAGAGCUGGAGAAAUUAAGAGUGGAACUAAAUUCACUGAGGGAGGAAGAAUCAAAGAUGGAACAGCAAGUGGAGGUUGGAAAACAACAACUGGAGUUGCUGGUCAAAUCACAAAACGAUUUACAGCUUCAAAUAUCACAGACUCGUCAGAGAGUACAGCAUUUGAAUGAUCAGGAGAGAGGGUUAAAACACAGCAUAGCCAGUUAUAGCAGUGUUAACAGUGAGGUGUCUAAUAUCUUCUCCAAUCAGCUUCAGGACGAUCUUAGUACUAGGGCUACUUAUGGAAGCCCAGUCAGUACCAUCAGUAAUUUCAGUGCAGGGUCAGCCUUGGAUGAUUUUAAGGAGGAUCCGUUUAAGAGUAAGGACGUGUUUGGAGGCGACACGGGUGGAGGAGGAUCCGACCCAUUUCAGAGUGAUGACCCAUUUAAAGAAAGUGGUGAUCCCUUUAAAUCCUCGUUUGGUUCUGAUCCAUUUUCAUCUGAUGAUCCGUUUAAAUCCUCCGACACAUUUGAGAGUUCCUCAAAGUCUGGAAAGGAGGAUCCAUUUAAUAGUGUGGACCCUUUUGCAUCAUUUGGAGGUACAGACAAUUCCAAACUAGAUGCUUUUGAUCCUUUUGGGAAAGGAGGAUCCAGCUCAAAACCAAGUAAACCAGGCAAUCUAUUUGGUGGUGACCCUUUUGCACCAAAAUCCCCUUCUCGACCUCCUCUGGGACCCAAGUCACCCGCCCCAGCUUUGCCCCCAAACAGAAAAAGCAGCCUCCCCCAAGACCUGCCCCUCCCAAAAACAGACCCACCCCCAGCCCCAGUCAACAGCUGGGGGGAUUUGACAGUGAUCCAUUUGCAGGUAAUGACCCUUUCUCCAGCUCCACAGGAAAAAACACUGCUGCCUCAGAGGAUGCUUUUGCCAACUUUGCAGACUUUAGUCCAAGCAAGUUUGAUGAUAAAGGAGCCUGGAGUUGAGAAGUCUAAAGUUAAAAGACAAUGUUUACAUGAGGGACCACGAGAUCGGGAUGAUGACAAAGAUUGAAGGGUGUUCACACUUAGGGGCGUGGUUUUAAGUGCUACAUGAUUAUUUCUUCCUGUGACAUCACAACAAACCUUCACAACUGUUGUAAACUUCUCUCACUGAUUGAUAUCAAAUAUAAACUGCUGAUUGAUAUUCUGUUAACACUAGGACGGCUAUUAUCAACUAAGGACAUGUUUUAGUUCCUAUGGUAUAGAUAAGUAGAGGAGGAAAAAUGAGGAGAUAUAUGAGUUACAUCCCUUGUUAUUUUUGUGAAGAUGUCAGCCACUGUUGUGUAAUAAAGCAACAAAAACCUUGUAAAGUGCAAUAUUCUAGUGAUAUGUUAGAAAUAUUAUUGUAUUUAUUUUUAGAAAAAGAAUAUAAGCUAGUAUAACUUAGGUUUGUAUUGGUGUGCGAUGAAGUUUUCUGAUUUUACACCAGUCACAGAUAAAUCACAAACUCAUCAUUCUUGUGCAAUCAUAGUUUUAUCUCGAAGGAUUUUAGUUUUACAUGUAUAUGUAGUUAUUCAUAUAUGAUAUUAUGAAAUCUUCAAUGUCAAUAAAAUGUGCCAAUCA